CCGGGCGGCCGCUUUUGCUCGCUGCACAAUCCUGCGACGGAUGUUAUCGUAGUAAUCCGCGGGGUUCAUCCCAGGCUCCUGCAGUUCGCCACGUGCUUGGAUCCCGCCAUGGCUAUGCGGGCACCGUGGGUUGCCGCACGGCGGUGGCUGAGUCGGAGCAAAAUGCCCGAGCUGCCCAAUGCGGGGCGAGGCGUGAAUGUGUCGGAGCUGCUGCAGAGCGCUAUGGGGGAGGAGGAGGUGGAGGGCGCGGAGGAAAGGGAUGUUCCGAGGGUACGGCGGGACCCCAACGACGUCUCUGUGCUGCUCUUCCCCGGGCAGGGCAGCCAGUUCGUGGGGAUGAGCCGGGGGCUACUGCACUACCCGAACGUGCGGGAGCUUUUCCGUGCAGCUGAGGAAGUGCUGGGCUACGACCUGUUGCGCCUGUGCCUGGAAGGGCCGAAGGCCGAACUGGACCGAACCGUCCACAGCCAACCCGCUGUCUUCGUCAGCUCUUUGGCUGCUUUGGAGAAGCUGCAUCAGCAGCAGCCCACGGUAGUUGAGAACUGUGUUGCAGCUGCUGGAUUCAGCAUUGGAGAAUAUGCAGCCCUUGUUUUUGCAGGCGCUAUAGACUAUGCAGAAGCUUUAUAUGCAGUAAAGGUACGUGCUGAAGCCAUGCAAGAAGCAUCAGAAGCUGUCCCGAGUGGAAUGCUAUCUGUCAUUGGCCAGGCUAAUUCUAAUUAUGUCACUGCCUGCUUGGAAGCUCGUGAAUACUGCAACUCAUUGGGCAUUAAAAAUUCUGUAUGUGCUAUUUCAAACUACUUGUUUCCAGAUGGUAGAGUCAUCGCAGGACACUUGCAGGCUUUAGAGUUUUUGCAGAAAAAUUCAAAAAAAUACUCCUUCGUACGAGUAAAAAUGCUGCCAGUCAGUGGUGCUUUUCAUACUGAACUUAUGGAAUCAGCGUUGGAACCUUUAUCUGAAGCCCUCAAAUCAAUUAACAUUCGACAGCCUCUUAUUCCUGUCUAUUCAAAUGUGGACAGCCAGAAAUAUAGACAACCAAAAUGGAUUCAGCGUUUGUUAGCAAAGCAGUUGAUUUCUCCAGUAAAAUGGGAACAAACAAUGCAUGCCAUCUAUGAAAGAAAAAAGGGAAUAUCAUUUCCUUACACAUAUGAAGUGGGGCCUGGAAAACAAUUAGGAACGAUUCUAAAAAGCUGCAAUUUGAAGGCCUGGGCAUUUUAUAAAAAUGUUGAUGUUACAGAAGAUGUAUCAAAACAGGAAAAAGAUCCAUAGUAGAUUCUGUCACAUCAUUUUACGUGUGUGUGUUGUUAAUCAUAGAUGAAGUCAUGACAGCAAUGAAGGAAUACACAAUGCAGAACCUUGAGUUAUUCACUGAACAGAGCCAUACACAGUUGUUCUGUUGGUAUCUGCUCCUUUCACUAGCUGUAUGUAGAAGAAUUGCUUGUCAGCUCAGAAACAAAAGUGCCCCCUCCAGUGGCACCUCUCUGGACUGAAAAAAUGGAUUCAUGAACAUCCAUAAAUCAGUGAUUUCAGCUACAGAUGCCCAAAACCUGUUUUGUACAUAUCUGAUUAAGCCAAAGGAGUAUGAUGACUUACAGUCACAAUCUUGUUUUGACUGUUAAGGAUCAGUGAUAUUAAAACAAGUUUAAAGUGUUUA